AUGGCGGUUCGUGCCGUUGAUUUAGUUCGUAUUAUUGAACAGUAUCCUUGUAUAUACAAUAACAGAAUAGCGGAGUAUUCUAGAAAAGAGGACACGGAUCAAGCUUGGAGCGAAGUUUCACAUUUAACGAACACAUCUGUACCCGAAUGUCAAGUUAAAUGGAGGAAUAUAAGGAAUGGUUUCGUUCGAAGUCUCAAAUCAUUACCUCGUGGUAAACAGAAAAAGUUAUAUCACUUACACGAAGAAUUGCAGUUCUUAGUUCCGUUUAUCAAGACGGUUGUACCAGAGACAAAAAAUCCCACAUCAGAUGACGAACCUGUGGAAAUCGAGGUAGAGCCACUAACUAUAGAAAAACCAUCGACAAAAGUUUCUAAUUUCAAAAGGCGUAAAAUAAAAAAGUAUAGAUUAGAACGACCUGAUUUCUCCUGGAUUAAAAAUAUUAAAAAUGAAAAUCCUAGGAAAAUGUUUUUACUAAGUCUCUUACCUGAUGUGGAGAAGUUGACGGACGAGCAAAUGCGCAAGUUUAGGAUUAAGAUGUUAUUGUUACUUGAGGAUAUACAGAUGGACACAGAAGGAUAA